GCGAGAUUGUCUUUGCCAUGCUUUCGCCCUCUGUGUCUCUCUUCAUGCUGGAUCGCAAACUGGGCUAGCGUCCUCGCUUAGCCCGCGUUGACCCGCUGAAAAUUUGGCCUUCUUCACUAUCCCUCCCACCAUGACCGAGCAACCUGAGCAAACGGGAGAAGCAUCAUCCUCCAGCACACCCGCCGCCCCAUCACUAGCCUGUGCUCAAUGCGCAUCGACCCCGGACUCGUUGAAGCAGUGUCUCAAAUGCCACAGCGUGCACUACUGCAAUCGAGACUGCCAGAAGGCGCAUUUCAAGACGCACAAGAAGGAGUGCGCGGGGCUGGCGCAGGAGUAUGUGAAGACGCAUGAGCCGAAGAUGGCGAGUCGGGCACCGCCGAGGGAGACCGGGAAGGGGAAGGGGAUUGGGAAGUGGGAGUAUGAUACUUGAAGUGGUGAGGUCUGAUCGUUGUGGACGGGUAAGAGAGGAUAAGGAGCCAGG